UAUGGUGUGGUGUGUUAUCAAGUCAGUUCAUCAUGGAAGCUUUGAGCAUCUUGUUCGUUACUUUCUUGGCCUUUUCCUCGGCCUUGGCCAAUCCAACAUGCGAGGAGUGUGUGCUAAUCCUGGCCGAGCUCCAGGUUGGCAUGACUUCCUACGACCAUGAGAUCACCAAACAUCUUCAUGAUAACUUCUGUGCCAAUGAGCAAUUGAACAACCAAGAAUGCCGCCUCGUGGCUGGUCACUACCCGGACAUGCUGGACAUCAUCAUGGAAACCCGAUUUGACCCUCUGAGAGUGUGUGAGUUCGAAGGCCUUUGCAACAAGAACGCUUACAAGAGGGUCAUGUUGGAUCAAGAGGAUCGCAACGUCAAUUGCAACCAAUGUGAUCGUUUCAUGCGCGUCAUCCGUCGCCACUUGACCGAUUCCCAAGACAUGGACUCCUACGAAGUUUUGCUGAAGUCUCACGCCUAUUGCGGCCGCCCUGAGCCUCCCUUCCUAGGCUGCGUGGAGAUUGUGGACAAAUACUUCCGAGAAAUGCAUUUGGAGACCAUGGAGUGGUUCUUCCACCCUCAUGAGUUCUGCGUUAGCCUGGGCAUUUGUGAGGAUAAUUUCCAUACCAGCACCAUGGCUCCCACGAACACCACCUUAGCUCCUGGAAAUUUCACCACCUCUGCCCCCGGAAAUUUCACCACCUCUGCCCCCGGAAAUAUCACGACUGUGGCCCCCGGAAAUAUGACUCUCUCUUAAGGAGGCAAUAAAUCAUGGACUUUUCAUUAUG